AUGUUGCUCGGCGGCCCCCGGGAAAGCGCUGCGCCCCAGCGGACGGGCUCCGCUCAUCGAGCCCCUUCCGCGGCCGGACCCUCGGACCUGGCAGGCGAAGCCGCGAAAGAAGCAGGGGGAGACCCCGGGUUAGACGGCAGGGCGGCCCGGCCGAGCCAGCGCCAGGGCCUCGCCUCUCCCCCCUCCCCGGAGAAGUCACCCCGGGCGAUGCGGGGAUCCGGAUCAAGGCGAAGCGAAGCGCCCAGGAGAGAAAGACGCCGCGGCGGAGGAGGAAUGGAGUUUAUUAGUGACGACGCGAAGCAGCGGCGCGUCGGCUUUUUGCGCCCAGCUCGCGGCGGAGGAAUCCCAGGGCAGGCCCCCUUUUUGGGGGGCAAAGUAGUCCCGCGGGGCCGGCCCGAGCGAAGCCCGGAGGGGCGCGAGGGGGAGGGGACAGGCAGGCAGGCGGGCAGGCGCGGCGGCGACGGCGCCUUAGCCCAGCCUCACCGGGGCCGGCCCUUCCCCUCGCCGCCGCCGCACACACACCAUGUCAGCUCCGAGGAGGCUGCCGGGGAGCCCGCGAGGCUGCUGAAGGAAGGCGAAGGGGCAGCCAGCCGGCAGGAGGAUGAAGCCCAGCCCGGCGGCCGCCCGCCUGGUCCCGCCGCUCCUGUUGCUGCUGCUCCUGGGGCUUGGGGGUCAGGGCGCCGAAGCCGCGUUGUGUCUGGCGCGGCCGGCUGGGUCCCGGCGCUGGCCGCCCUCGCCCGGGGCUUUUGGGGCGCGAGAAGCGCGGGGGGCAGCGGUGGCCGGCCGGGCUGGCGGACAAAAGGCGAGCCGGCGGCUCCCGGCAGAACUGGCCUUCCUGCGGGCGGUGGGAGCAUCCCAGGCCGAGGGGGGAGCAAGCCGGGGCUGGAGCGAGCCCCCUGCUCCCGCUUGGCCCGCCCUUCGCCCAGCAGGCUGAGCUCGGGGGAGAGAGCUGGGAGGAGGCCGGGCCGAAAUGCUUUGGCUUGCCAUGGAUGCGUUUCAGGAUCCAAAUGUGACUGCAGUGGAGUGAAAGGAGAAAAGGGUGAAAGAGGUUUUCCAGGUUUGUCAGGUCAAGCAGGUUUACCUGGAUUUCCAGGACCAGAAGGACCACCUGGGCCAAGAGGUGAAAAAGGGGACGAUGGACUUCCAGGGCCAUUUGGACCCAAAGGAAUUAGAGGGCCUCCAGGUUUGCCAGGGUUUCCAGGAACGCCAGGAGUUCCUGGGCUACCAGGUCAGGAUGGGCCUCCAGGAUCUCCAGGUAUCCCAGGAUGCAAUGGAACAAAGGGGGAGCGUGGCUACCCUGGCAAUUCAGGUUUUCCAGGCUUACAAGGCCCCCCAGGUCCUCCUGGCAUACCAGGUAUGAAGGGUGAGCCAGGGGAAAUAAUAACGUCUCCAUUGCCAGGACAAAAAGGCGAUCCAGGAUAUCCAGGUCUGCCAGGAAUACAAGGCCCCCCAGGACCCAUCGGAGUGCAAGGCCCCCUUGGUCCCCCGGGGCCACCAGGUUUGACGGGUCCUCCCGGUCCCCCAGGAUCUCCAGGGCCAAAGGGCAACAUGGGCUUGAACUUCCAAGGGCCCAAAGGAGAAAAGGGCGAGCAGGGGCUGCAGGGACCCCCGGGGCCACCAGGACAGAUUGGUGAACAGAAAAGACCAAACGACGUGGAGUUUCAGAAAGGGGAUCCGGGUGUUCCAGGUGACCGUGGUCCACUAGGCCCCCCUGGGCCACCAGGUCCUCCUGGCUUUCCAGGUGGUGGAAAAGGUGAAAAAGGUGAGCAAGGAGAACCAGGCAAAAGAGGGAAGCCUGGCAAAGACGGAGAGCUCGGGCCACCUGGCUUGCCUGGUUUGCGGGGCGAUCCUGGCGUACCCGGCAUUCCAGGAAGAGAUGGAGAAAAAGGACAGAAAGGUGAAACCGGUCCAGUUGGUCCACCUGGGCUUGUGAUUCCAAGGCCAGGAGUCGGUGCAACCGUGGGACCCAAAGGAAGCAAAGGGUUGCCAGGAUAUCGUGGCGAGAAAGGCGACCGUGGCUUCACUGGUCUACAAGGCCCUCCUGGCUUGCCAGGCCCCCCAGGAAUCCCCAGUAUAGGUCCUUCUGGUGUUCCUGGCCUACCCGGAGAGAGAGGACAGAAGGGGGAGGAAGGUCUACCUGGGGUUUCCGUUCCUGGACAGCCUGGAAUUGUUGGGCGACCCGGACCCCCUGGCCAACCAGGCCCACCUGGCCCACCUGGACCAACUAUUCCACCCACUGGCCAGCUGUGUGAGCGAGGCCCUCCUGGCAUUCCGGGACGCACAGGAGAGCAAGGAUUUAUGGGGGAGAGAGGCCAGAAAGGUGAUAAAGGAGACACCUGCUUUAAUUGCAUAGGGACUGGCAUUCCUGGCCCUCCAGGGCAGAAGGGAUUCCCAGGGCCACCCGGAAGUCCAGGGUCUCCUGGUUUCACUGGCCCCAAAGGUGAUAAAGGUCUGCCUGGUCUACCUGGUCUUGUUGGCUCACCAGGUUUUCCUGGCCCUUCAGGCCCUCCUGGACGUCCUGGUGCAAAAGGCGACCCUGGUGAAGUCCUUGGCUUCCCUGGAAUGAAAGGGGAAAAGGGGGACCCUGGUUUCCCAGGACCUUCAGGUCUUCCUGGACUAGCUGGUUCUCCUGGAACAGAUGGACAGCCAGGUCUUCCUGGGCCAAAGGGUGAACCAGGUGGCAUUGCUUUCAAGGGGGAAAGGGGUCCACCUGGGGACCCCGGGUUGCCUGGACUUCCUGGGGAUCGAGGGCCUGUGGGACCUCCCGGAUUUGGUCCACAAGGGCCUGCUGGCGAAAAGGGCGUCCAAGGUGUUUCUGGACGGCCAGGACCCCCUGGGGUGCCAGGACCAAAAGGUGAACCUGGCCAGACCAUUACAGAAGAAGGGUUGCCAGGCAUCCCCGGUCCCCCAGGCAGAGAUGGCGAACCUGGACUUCCAGGUGAUUCUGGACAUCCAGGUCAACCUGGAUUGCCAGGGACCCCAGGUGCAAAGGGUGAUCCGGGUUUACCCGGCAUUGGUCUUCCGGGCCCACCAGGACCUAAAGGUUUCGCUGGGUUUCCAGGUCUCCCUGGAUCGCCAGGAGCCCCCGGAAGACCCGGUCAAGAUGGGCUGCCCGGCCCACCCGGAAUACCAGGACAGAAGGGAGACCGUGGAUUUGGUGUGCCAGGACCUGUUGGGCCACCGGGGCCUCCAGGUUUCAAAGGUGCACAGGGCCCUAAAGGUGACCCUGGCUUUCCAGGAAGUCCUGGUGUGCCAGGACGUGGAGGUUUUGAUGGAAUCCCAGGGUCUAAAGGUGAUGCUGGAGUUCCAGGCCAGCCUGGGUUAGUUGGACCUCCAGGGAGUCCAGGAACUGGUGCCCAAGGCCCACCUGGACCACCAGGGCCUCCAGGACCUGUAGGCCCACCAGGGUUACAUGGCAUACCAGGUGAGAAAGGAGAUCCUGGACCACCAGGGUUCGACAUUCCUGGUCCUCCAGGUGACAAAGGCAACCCAGGGGUUCCAGGGCCACCCGGUUUCCAAGGGCCCCCAGGUUCACCAGGGCCACAUGGACGAGAUGGGACUCCCGGAUUUCCAGGUGCUAAAGGCGAGAUGGGUGUGAUGGGAACCCCGGGUCCUCAAGGCUCUUUCGGAGCCCCUGGCAGAAGUGGUCUUCCUGGCCCAAAAGGCGAUGCCGGCACCCCCGGCCAGCCAGGCCUGCCAGGACCUUCCGGGCUAAAGGGGAGCAAAGGCGAGGUGGGACUUCCUGGUGCCCCAGGGCCGACUGUUCCAGGCAGAGUGACCACGAAAGGACAGAAAGGAGAACCGGGACUGCCAGGUGACCCUGGAAUAACAGGCCAGAAGGGUUACCAAGGCCUCCCAGGUGACACAGGGCCUCCUGGACUAAGUGGGCAACCAGGUGCACCCGGAGUGCCAGGACCCAAGGGAGACAUAGGAUUUCCCGGCCCACCUGGGCCAAGUGGACCCCCUGGUCAAAAAGGUUCCAGUGGUGAAAUGGGCUUUCCAGGUUCUCUGGGACCAAAAGGUUUGCAAGGCAUACCUGGGCGUCCUGGCCAGCCUGGUUCUCCAGGAUUUCCUGGGCUGAAGGGAGACAAAGGUGAAUCAGGCCAUUCCGAAAUUGGUAUUCCAGGCCCACCUGGCCCUAAGGGUGAUAGUGGUUUGCCUGGAUACCCAGGUAGCCCGGGCAGUAAAGGCUCACCUGGCAAUCCUGGGCUGCCUGGUUUGCCUGGUAAUCCAGGUGGGAAAGGUGAUCGUGGCCUUCCCGGGUUCCCAGGGACCCCAGGCACUGUGGGACCAAAAGGUAUUGAUGGACCACCAGGGAAUCCAGGUACCCCAGGACCAUCAGGACUUCCAGGUGAACCAGGCCGUUCUGGCCAACCAGGUCUUCCAGGAGAGAAAGGACACCCAGGGAGGGAUGGCAUUCCUGGGCCCGCUGGACAGAAAGGUGAACCAGGCCAACCAGGUUUUGGGCGACCCGGACCACCAGGACUCCCAGGAUUAUCAGGUCAAAAGGGUGAUACGGGCUUCCCUGGACCCCCAGGGUCCCCAGGAUCCCCUGGUCUGAAGGGAGAGACAGGUACCCAGGGAUUCACCGGCCCUCAGGGUCCUCCAGGCCCUCCAGGACUGCCUGGGCCAACCACAGAAGGUCCCAAAGGUAUCCAUGGGCCACCAGGCAUACCAGGGAGGCCAGGUCUCCCUGGUCCGGAAGGUCCCCGAGGGCCCCCUGGAACUGGGCAAGUGAAAGGAGAAAAGGGCAACCCAGGCCUGCCAGGUCAGCCUGGAGCACGUGGUUUAAAAGGAGAUCAAGGAUUAUCUGGGCGCCCGGGUGAACCCGGCCAUCCAGGCCUGAAUGGAAUGAAAGGCGAUCUCGGUGUCCCAGGAGUCCCAGGAUUCCCAGGUGCGAAGGGGCCCCCUGGACCUCCAGGACCGGCUGGCCUCGCAGGGGAUCCUGGAGCCUAUGGAUCUCCAGGCCUUCCAGGAAUACCCGGCCAGGCUGGUGAAACUAUUGUCAUAAAAGGUGACCAAGGUCCACCGGGUCUCCCAGGGCAGCCUGGACUGAAAGGUCUACCUGGGCUCCCAGGCCCACCAGGAUUGCAAGGUCCAAUUGGUAUUCCUGGUGAUGCUGGACGAGAUGGGCCUCCAGGAUUUGAUGGUCCCCCGGGGCGUAAAGGGGAGAGAGGCCUUCCAGGUCAACCAGGUUUACAUGGUUCACAGGGUCUUCCUGGACCAGAUGGAUUGCAAGGCCCACCCGGUCCACCUGGAACUGGUUCAGUCGCUCACGGAUUCCUUAUAACUCGCCACAGCCAGACGACAGACACACCUUUUUGUCCUCAAGGAACAGUCAGGAUCUAUGAUGGAUUUUCUCUUCUCUAUGUGCAGGGAAACGAGAGAGCUCAUGGGCAGGACUUAGGUACUGCUGGUAGUUGUCUCCGCCGUUUCAGCACAAUGCCCUUCAUGUUUUGUAACAUCAACAAUGUCUGCAAUUUUGCAUCGAGAAAUGACUACUCCUACUGGCUGUCCACUCCUGAGCCAAUGCCAAUGAACAUGGAGCCAUUAACUGGAAAAACCAUCCAGCCCUUUAUUAGUCGGUGCUCAGUUUGUGAGGCUCCUGCUGUGGUGAUAGCAGUCCACAGCCAGACCAUUCAAAUCCCACCAUGUCCACAGGGCUGGGCCUCCCUGUGGAUUGGUUAUUCUUUCAUGAUGCACACCAGUGCUGGUGCAGAGGGGUCUGGGCAGGCGUUGGCCUCCCCUGGUUCCUGCCUAGAAGAGUUCCGCUCAGCUCCUUUCAUUGAGUGCCACGGUCGAGGGACCUGCAAUUAUUAUGCCAAUUCAUACAGCUUCUGGCUGGCAACUGUGGAGGUGGCAGAAAUGUUUAGUAAACCUCAGUCGGAAACACUGAAGGCCGGCGACCUGAGGACACGUAUUAGCCGAUGCCAAGUCUGUAUGAAGAGGACGUAAUGCCUCAGAGGCAUUUUGAAACCACUGAGAACUCUCUCUUUUUUUGGUGCACUGUCCUUCCGCUAUAACCAUGGUGCUAUUGGUGCAGAAGUGAAAACGAACUAAAACUGAGAAAAA